AUGACCCUUGACUGUGGCUUAGUUCCAAAUCUCGAAAAGUUAAAUCUUGAAAAGUGUUAUGAUUUGGUAGAACUUCAUGUGCCCAUUGGAUCUCUAAGAAGGCUUGUCCACUUAGACUUAAAUCAUUGCAAGAAACUCGAUUCUGUUUCAUUUAUCAAACAGUUGGAAUCACUUCAGGUUCUUAAGAACCUCAGAUUCCUUGACUUUAGAUUUUUAAAUUUGAUGACUCUUGAUUGUGGCUUACUUCCAAAUCUAGAGAGGUUACACCUUGGAAGCUGUUGUCGUUUGAUAGAACUUCGUGCACCUAUUGGAUGUCUAAAAAAACUUAUCUACUUAGACUUAUAUAAUUGUUCAGGGAUCAAAUCUCUUUCAUUCAUCAAACAGCUGGAAUCACUUCAGGUUCUUAAUCUACGCCAUUUAUAUUUGAAGGAAUUCCCAGAUAUACUCCCGGAGCACUCCAACUGGAAUUUGCUUCCGCUUUAUUUUUCAGGGAACUAUAUCGAAGAACUACCCUCAUCAAUUGGGAAUCUUCAAAAACUUGUUUCUCUAGAUCUCCACUUUUGCAAUAAACUAAAGAGUCUGCCACAAAGUAUGUAUAGUUUACAAUGCCUAAAACACCUUGACAUUCAAAAUACUGCGAUAGAAGAAUUAUCGGAGGAUCUUGGCUAUUUAGAAGCUUUAGAAACACUAAUAUUAAAGGGUACACGUGUCAAGCAUCUCCCUGAUAGCAUUUGUAAGUUGAAACAUUUGAAAACUCUACUUCUUGAAGAUUGUAAAGCUCUUAUGAGGUUACCCGAGGAUCUUGGCCUAUUACAAUCUUUGAAGGAACUAAGUCUAUCACAUUGCAAGAUAAGAGAUGUUCCUAGUAGCAUUUGUAAGUUGAAACGUCUCAGGAAGUUGUACCUUCUUAAAUGUGAUCAACUUGAGGAAUUGCCCGAGAAACUAGGACACUUGGAAUGUUUAGAAGAGUUAGAUAUACGAGGUACAAUUAUAAGUCAUCUUCCGAUGAGCCUUUCUUUAUUGAAGGAUCUGAAAAUCAUGCAACACUAUGAAGAAAUUCCAUUAUACACCGUUUCUCAAGUUUGCACUUCAAUGCACCACUUACAUGGGUGGACCCACACCAGGGGUUUUGCUCAUUUCCCCCCUUGA